AUGGCGGAAAUGCUCCUGAAGGCACAGAAGUAUAUGAAUGCUGAAGAUGCUUUAGCUGCCAUAAAGGAUGCCGAGAAGCCAGGAGACAAGGCCAAGAGGGAAGACGACCGUAGGGGGCAAAAAAAAGAUCGACCAGACCAUCAGAACAAUGACGGGAACAGGAGGAAGGAUGAUAAAAAUCCUCGGACGGACGAGCAUUAUCUCAAAUGGCCUAAGCCAUUGCACUCAUCCCCCAAUGUCCGUGACAAGAACAAGUAUUGCCGGUUCCACAAAGAUCACGGCCACCACACAGAGGAUUGUAGAGACCUAAAGGAGCAAAUAGAAGAGUUAAUACGGAAAGGGUUACAGAAAUAUGUGAAGAAAGGAGAAUAUAGCAAGUCCAGGGACGACAAUAAAAUCCAACAUGAAUCCUUCUCCCGGGAUGACGACCGUCCGUCCCAGCCUCCACACAAGGUGAUCGGGAAGAUAAACACGAUUACAGAAGGACCGUUUUCAGGAGGAUCGUUUAAAUCACUCAAAAAGGCAUACCAGAGACAGGUGAACAGCGUCCACGCCAUACCUCCAUCCAAACACCAACGAAUAUACCAAGACAUGUCCUUCAGUGAAGGAGACGCCCUGGGAGUGAAGCAGCCCCAUAACGAUCCCCUGGUCAUAAUGCUGAAUAUAGAAGGGUUCAAUACCAAAAGGAUCCUCGUCGAUAACGGAAGCUCCGCGGACGUCAUCUACUUCCCAGCCUUCCAGUAG